GACGAGAGAAAAAUAGAAAAAGUAGGACAGUUUGUGCUCCACUGAAUUGUCUGAAACAAUAAAUCAAUUGAUUGUAAAGUAUUUUGUAGGUGAUAUUCUAGUCAGUAAAGAGGAAGUGAACACCAACAGCUCUUGACAGUUUGUUGACAGGUGUUCAGUGGACUGUUCAGAUGAUGUCAUGGACUCCACAAAGGAUCUCAGUGGACAGACAGACACAGAGAAGGUCAAGAGUGUCAUUCAUGGAGAAUCUCCUGAACCCAGCUGUGUGUCCAUGAAGAGUGACCGGUCAAUGGAUAAUCCACUUGCCUUCAGUUCAGGAGCCCCUUGUGCUGAUGUGAGUGUCAUUCAUGGGGAAUCUCCUGAAUCCAGCUGUGUGUCCAUGAAGAGUGACCGGUCAAUGGAUAAUCCACUUGCCUUCAGUUCAGGAGCCCCUUGUGCUGAUGUGAGUGUGAAUAGAGAUGAUGUGGCUGUAGACCUGCAGCAGGAUUCUCAUCCACCAGUAGAUGAUGUUCUUCAGAGAGCCAAAGACAAACACAAAACCAGCAUGAAGAACAAGUAUGAGAGCUUAUUUGAGGGAAUCAAACUGCACGAGAAUCAAACCCUCCUGAACAGGAUUUACACACAGCUCUACAUCAUAGAGGGAGAGAGUGAAGGGGUGAAUGAAGAACAUGAGGUUUUACACAUGGAGAAAACACCUAGAACUCAACACUUACAUGACACUCCAAUCUACUGCAAUGACAUCUUUAAACCUGAACCAGGAUGUGACGAGAAGAGAAAAGACAAAAUAAAGACUGUUCUUACUAAAGGCAUUGCUGGAAUUGGAAAAACAGUCUCGGUGCAGAAGUUCAUUGUGGACUGGGCCGAGGGAAAAGCCAAUCAGGAAGUAGAUUUCAUGUUUGUGCUUCCAUUUCGAGAGCUGAACUUGAUUAAAGAUGAGCAGUACAGUCUUCACAGACUUCUGCUGGACUUUCAUCCUGAACUUCAUGAUCUGGACUCAAAGAUUUAUUAUCAGUGUAAACUUGUGUUCAUCUUUGAUGGUCUGGAUGAAAGCAGAAUUCCACUGGAGUUUUCAGACAGUGAGAAAGUUUCUGAUGUGACUAAGAUUUCAUCAGUGAGUGUGUUGAUGUCAAACCUCAUCAAAGAAGAUCUGCUUCCCUCUGCUCUCAUCUGGAUCACCUCCAGACCAGCAGCAACCAGUCAGAUCCCCUCCAAAUACAUCAAGCGUGUGACAGAGAUUCAGGGAUUCAAUGACCCUCAGAAAGAGGAAUAUUUCAGGAAGAGAAUUGGCAAUGAGCAUCAAGCCAGCAGAAUCUUCUUACACAUUAGAAGAUCAAGAAGCCUCCACAUCAUGUGCCAUAUACCAGUCUUCUGUUGGAUCUCAUCCACUGUGCUUCAAAACAUCUUGAAACAAGAUGACAGUGCACACAUCCCUCAAACUCUGACUGAAAUGUACAUCCACUUCCUGCUCAUUCAGAUCAAUGUGAGGAAUCAGAAGUAUGAAGAUAAACUCCUGCAGUCCAACAGAGAAGUGAUUGUGAAACUUGCUGAACUGGCUUUCAAACAGCUGUUGAAGGGCAAUGUCAUGUUCUAUGAGGAGGACCUGAGAGAGAGUGGCAUAGACGUCACUGACGCAUCAGUGUAUUCUGGGAUCUGCACUGAGAUCUUUAAGGAGGAAUCUGUGAUUCAUCAGAGGAAAGUCUACAGCUUCAUUCAUCUGAGCUUUCAGGAGUUUCUGGCUGCUUUCUUUGUGUUUUACUCACAUUUAAUGAAGAACAGUGAAUCACUGCAGAUGUUUCUGUAUUAUAGAUAUGAAUCAAACAUUAGAGGAAACUCUCUGUAUGAUCUACUAAAAACAGCAGUUGAUAAAGCCCUUCAGAGUGAAAAUGGACAGCUGGAUCUUUUCCUGCGAUUCCUGCUGGGCAUCUCACUGAAGUCAAAUCAGAGACUCUUACAGGAUCUACUGACACAUGCAGAGAACAGCUCAGAGAACAUCAGGAAAAUCACACAGUACAUUAAAGACACAAUCAAGUAUGGUGAACAUCUCUCCACUGACAGAUCAAUCAAUCUGUUCCUCUGUCUGCUGGAGAUGAACGAUCAGACUCUGUACAGAGAGAUUCAGGAGUUUGUGAAAUCAGACAAACACUCAGAGAAUGAACUCUCCCCUGCUCAAUGUUCAGCAAUCGCCUAUAUGCUUCAGAUGUCAGAGGAGGUGCUGGAUGAGUUUGAUCUGAAGAAAUACAACACAUCAGAUGAGGGCAGAAGACGACUGAUGCCAGCUGUGAUGAAGUGCAGAAAAGCUCUACUUGCAGGCUGUAAUCUCACUGGUCAGUGCUGUGAAAGUUUGUCUUCAGUUCUGCAAUCAUCAAACUCCCUGAUAGAGCUGGACCUGAGUAACUAUAAACUGAUGGAUUCAGGAAUGAAGCUGCUCUCUGAUGCUCUGAAGAGUCCUCACUGUACACUGGAGAUACUGAGAUUGGCAGGCUGUAGAUUCACUGAUCAGUGCUGUGAAAGUUUGUCUUCAGUUGUACAAUCAUCAAGCUCCCUGAGAGAGCUGGACCUGAGUAACAAUGACCUGCAGGUUUUAGGAUUGAAGCUGAUCUCUGAUGCACUGAAGAGUCCUCACUGUACACUGGAGAUACUGAGAUUUGCAGCUUGCAGGUUCACUGCUCAGUGCUGUGAAAGUUUGUCUUCAGUUCUACAAUCAUCAAACUCCCUGAGAGAACUGGACCUGAGUAACAAUGACCUGCAGGAUUCAGGAGUGAAGCUGCUCUCUGAUGCACUGAAGAGUCCUCACUGUACACUGGAGAUACUGAGUUUGGCAGGUUGUAGAUUCACUGGUCAGUGUUGUGAAAGUUUGUCUUCAGUUCUACAAUCAUCAAACUCCCUGAGAGAACUGGACCUGAGUAACAAUGACCUGCAGGAUUCAGGAGUGAAGCUGCUCUCUGAUGCACUGAAGAGUCCUCACUGUACACUGGAGAUCCUGAGAUUAUCUGCCUGCAUGGUGACAGAGGUCAGCUGUUGUUCUGUGGCUUCAGCUGUGAGUUCAAACCCCUCACACCUGAGAGAGCUGGAUCUGAGCUACAAUCACCCAGGAGAAUCAGGAGUCAACCUGCUCUCUGAAAGACUCAAUGAUCCAAACUGCACACUGGACAAACUUAAUGUGGAUCAUGGAGGAGAGUUCAGGAUUACAGCAGGACUACACAAAUAUGUCUGUGAUCUCAAACUGGAUUCAAAUACAGCACACACUGAACUCAUUCUGUCUGAGGGAAACAGGAAGGUGACACGUGUGAGAGAGCGUCAGUCAUAUCCUGAUCAUCCAGAGAGAUUUGAUUGGUAUCCUCAGGUUCUGUGUAGAGAGAGUCUGACUGGACGCUGUUACUGGGAGACUCAGUGGAGUGGAGAUGCUGUUAUAUCAGUGUCAUAUAAAGGAAUCAGCAGGAAAGGAGGGAGUAAUGACUGUUGGUUUGGAUUCAAUGUAAACUCCUGGAGUCUGUGGUGCUCUGAUGACACAUUCACUGUCUGGCACAAUAAAAACAGCACUGACAUACGUCGCCCUUCAUACGACUGUAAGAGAGUAGGAGUGUAUGUGGACUGUCCGGCCGGCACUCUGUCCUUCUACAGCGUCUCUGACACACACACACUCACACACUUAUACACAUUCAUCACCACAUUCACUCAACCCCUCUAUGCUGGAUUUACAGUUUAUCCUGAUUCCUCAGCGCAUCUGUGUGAAACUGAACAUCAGAGACACACAUACACAACUGGAUGAGUGAAAUAUACUCACUAUAUCUCACAUCAACACAACUCCAAACUCUUUCUAGAAAUCAUUUAAUGAAUUAAAUUGACUGAAUUCAAUACACUGACAGUACAAGUAAACAGAAAAGUAAAUAACAUUUAAACAGAAUAAAAUAGUAAAGAGGCACAAUGGAAAUUCAAACAAAUCUCUUGUGUCUUGAAAUAAUUGAUCAGUAAAAUACACUACGUCCUUUUAAUUUCUCAUGUCUCUUAUUUUUUUAUAUCCUAAUGUUUCAGCAUCAUUUAACAAUAAGAUUUUUCAGUCAUUAUGCUCUUACACUUAUCAGCAUUUCCUGAGAAGUUACUCACAGUGCAGAAACUGUAUGCCUCUAAAGUGAUACUUUCAUGGAUUAACUAUGGCAAAUAGAAAUAGUAGUAAUAGAAAAAGACACUCAAUCCUUCUUUGUAGCACCCACUAACCUUUUUUUUAAAGUGAGGGUACUCUUUGGAAAAUUUGGGGGAGUAACCAAUCCAAUAGGUAACUCUAACUUUGCCAUCAAGUUUGUAAUAUUUACUCUUCAAAUCAAUAAAUAACUUGUUAGAUGCUGGAUUUAAAUUUAGACCCUCAGAACAAUUUAAAUAUGGGUAUUGAACCCCUGGAUGGCAGUCUGGAAAAUCAUAUAUCCAAUUGGUGGUUUAAGACUGAAAUCAACUUAUCCAGAGAAAUUUAAAUCCACAUUUGAAAUGGCAAACCAGUAAUGAUUAACAGCAGUCAUGAGAGUGGGAGGACCAACUGGAUAAAGGCCCAGCUAAUUUUCAGUCUUCUUUUUCUCCGGACUUCCUCCCGCAGUAUUAGCAGCUUCAAUAAAUCAUCUGGCCCAGCCAUCUGCAAUGAUGAGAGACUGGUUCCAGAAUGAGUUAGUGAACAACAUACAUAUAAUGAUGAUAAAAGAAAGGGAAAACAUAGUUAGUAUCAAAUACACCAUGAAUAUGAAGUUAAUAACAUUCAUAGUUGAGGAAGUUACAGUGUUCAAUUCAAUCUAAAUGUUUUUCCAUGGGUUUCACUUACUACCAAUGACCAAUUUUUCCUUAGCAUUAUCAAUAAUUUUUUACAAUCAAAUAUAUCCAAGAUAUUUCUUAAAUCUUCAAAUCAGAACUUCUAACACGAAUAACAUUUUCCAUUGUAUACACUUCCAAAAGAAGAAAACUUCAAUUUUAUUAGAUAUUAGAGCAUCUGAGCAAAACUGUUUACAAUGUUUGCUUAGUUCUUCCUCCUUAUUGGAGGUUGGGACUUUAUUUUCCAUUUUAUCUGGCAUGAUUGGUCACAGAUCAAACCCAAGGAAAAAGCAUCACAAUGUUGGCAAGGCUGCCACACAUAAAGAUCAGGAGAACAGGUAUUAGGUGCACGACUUAAGCAAAUUGGAACUGCAGAGAACAUGAAAUGAUCCAAAUCAUUCUUAAAUUUCUUUAACUUUAGUCUCAAAGGCAGAUCUCAGUGUACCCAUGAUCAACCAAUGCCUACACUGUGUAUAUAAAACAAGAAAAGAAAAAUAAAUAUCUAAUCUAAACUAAAAGAAUCUGCUAUCUAUACAGGGUGCCCGUCUGAGUGGAGACACCAAGAGAGAUGAGUUUUCCCAUUCAAAGUCUGCAGACUAUCAUUUGCAUGCCAUCCUUACAGAGUACAGGGUGUAAUCCCUUCCACUCACUCUGCUUACAGAGCGUGUCUCUUUUUAUUCAGGGCACUAACAGCAUCUCACUCAAUCUCUCCAUCAGACAGUCCCUAACAAAAUAAAUUCUACCUAUCUUAUUUUUGUUGGUUACACCGAUAAAGUUGCAACUCACAUGUAAAUUUGUUCUCCAGACAUAAUUAAACACAUAGGAAAUAAAAAAAAUAAAAAAAUAAUCAUGGUUUCUUUCAUUUAGUUAUCAAGACUAUAUACUGCGUGCACAAUUAUUAGGCAAGUGAGUAUUCUGAUCUUAUCAUUA